AUGUGGUGGCUACUGAGAACAAUGUGUUUUCUUCAUACAAUUGGAAACGUAUUUUGUUUUUUGGAAGCCAAACCAAAGAAUCCCGAAGCUGAUAUGAAUGUUAGUGAGAUAAUUUCCCACUGGGGCUAUGAAGGUGAAGAGCACCAGGUUAAGACUGAGGAUGGUUACCUCCUCUUGGCAUUUCGGAUUCCACAUGGGAAGAAUGAGAGAAAGAAUUCAUAUAACACCUUGAAGCCAGUCGUGUAUUUGCAGCAUGGAUUUACUGUAUCUGCUGAUUAUUGGGUUCUUGAUCCUCCCAGCAACUGCCUAGCCUUCCUCCUGGCAGAUGCUGGCUUUGAUGUGUGGCUGGGAAACAGCAGGGGCACUAACAAUGCCAGGAAACAUGUGAGCCUAGACCCAGAUUCUAAAGAAUUCUGGGCUUUUAGUUUUGAUGAAUCAAUAGCAUAUGAUAUUCCAGCCACCAUUGAUUUCAUUUUGAACAAGACAAGACAAAAACAAAUUUACUACAUUGGCCAUUCCCAGGGCGUCUAUUUUGCUUAUGGGGCAUUUUCAAAAAACCCACAACUGGCCCAGAAGAUCAAAAUCAACUUUGCCUUGGGCCCUGUUGUGAUGACCAAGUAUCUGAGAGGUGUCCUUCGCACAGUUGCAUACAUUGACCCAAAAGUGAUCAAGAGUCGUCUGGAUGUAUAUAUUGGACAUAUUCCAGCAGGAACUUCAAUUCGAAGUGUACUUCAUUUUUCUCAGGGAAUCAGAUCAGGUUUAUUCCAAGCAUAUGACUGGGGCAGUGAGUCUCUAAAUAUGCAGCACUAUAGUCAGUCUACUCCUCCAAUAUACAAGAUAGAGAACAUGAAUGUCAAAACCGCUAUGUGGAGUGGAGGGCGAGACCUUCUGGGAGAUCCAAAAGAUGUUAAAAACCUGGCAGACAGAACUCCCAACCUAGCUUAUCACAAGAAGAUUCCUCAUUACAAUCAUAUGGAUUUUAUAUUGGGUAAAGAUGCUACUGUAGAAGUUUACAAAGAAAUCAUUGAAUUCAUCAAUAAAGAUCAAUCAGAGUGA